AUGUUCCAUCGAUGGAUCAGGAGGUGUCUUCGCAAGCGCAAAAAGUCCGAAUCCGCGGAAUCGCCGGAGGAGCGGCGUCAGGACGUAGCCAACACCUUCGUCGAGCACCAUCUCACCGUCGCCGAGCUUCAGGACGUGUACCCUGACUCGUACAUUGAUGUGGAAAGCCCGGAGAACAGUGACGGUCUCAGCUCAACAGAAGCCAGGUAUUUUUGAAGCCGGCUUUGUCCACUUGAAGCCGGUUUUAUAGCUAUAUUCACCUUGUUUCACAAUUUUUCUUGGAAUUUUACGGUAUCUUAAAAGGCAAUAUACUUGAAAACGAACUUACUUUAUAAGUGCCAUUUCUUACUAAACUUGGUUCAAAAAGUUGAUAGAAUUAGUAAGAAAAUCAGUAGAACGUUUGUUGUGAAAAGCUUUGUUGAUGUUUAUCCAACCCCAUACUUUAGAAAAAGGCUCCGAGAUGGAGGGAAGAACGUGAUAAAACCUCCGAAAGAGAUCAGUAACAUACGAUUGUUUGCAAAACAGUUCCUCUACAAGUUCUGGAUCCUUUUAAUUGGGGCCGCCGUCCUCAGUAUCAUAACCUACUUUAUCCACUUGUACCACAACAACGAAGAGCCUCUGAAUCUGUACUGUGCUGUCAUACUGAUGUGUAUUGUCGUAUGUAUGAGUAUUAUGUCGUUCUUACAAGAAAAGAAAGCUAUGAGGGUAAUGGUUUGUAAAAUUGACAGAUAUAGCAAAAAAGUAAAAAACUCAUGUCAUAAAUAUAAGCACCAACUUUGUUAGUACGACAUAUCAGCAACAUAAUAUAACAUCAUCUUUAGGUAGUAAGUGACUUCAAGUCCAUCUUACCUCAGAAUUCAUUUGUAAUUCGUGACUGUGAAGAGAGACAAGUCCCUGCUGAACAGCUUGUAGUUGGUGACAUAAUCAACAUACGAGCAGGUCAAAGAGUACCAGCUGAUGCCCGUAUCUUACAAGCGUUUGGCCUCAAGUUGGAAAUGUCAGCAAUAACAGGUAACAUAUUGAUAUCCAUGUUCGUAUAGCUACCAUCAUGAAUAUAACUAAUGUGUUACCACAACUUUUAGGAGAGGUCCAACCUCUUGACUUCACUCACGAAGCUGCGGCUUCUUACGUCAGUGUGUUUGAUGCCAGAAACGUAGCCUUCAAAGGGUCGUACUGUAUCGAAGGCGACGCUAUUGCUUGUGUCAUUCGUACAGGACAUUACACGGUGCUGGGUAACAUUGCCAGUAUCCAGAGCAAUGUUGUCAUCAACGAGAGUCUGCUUCAGAAGGAGAUUGCCAAGUUCGUUCAGCUGAUCUCUAUCAUUGCAUUGAGUAUGGGCGUGGUAUUCUUUUUGAUUGGCAUUGUCGUGGCCAGAUUCGAGAAUAUAUUGUACCACUUUGUGACCGGAUUCUUGAUUAUCAUCGUAGCUAAUGUGCCUCAAGGACUGCCGGCUAUGGUGAUGUCACAAUUGGCUAUCAUAGCUCGACGAAUGGCCAAAAAGAAUGUCUUCAUCAAGAAGCUAGACGUCAUCGACGAACUCGGAGCUACUACAGUAGUGGCUACGGACAAGACUGGUACUCUGACGGAGAAUCUCAUGAUCUUGACUGAUUUAUGGUACAACAGUCGACAUUACUCUAGUAAGAUCGAAUAAAAGUAGUAUCAUGUUUUUUGUAGUACUGUAGUUUACAACUUAUUAUUUUUUGAACUUAUUGAAACGAUAACACUUUCAGUCCACGCUGACAUCAAACAGCCACAGAUUCGGACACUGAAGAUAUCUUCGAAGAAGAAGUUGGAGCCCACUUUACCUGAACUCCUCUCUGUGAUGGCUGUCUGCAACUCGGCCUCCGUAGGGUCACGACGUUCCCUCAAGAAGGUAUCCAGUAUUCGAGAACUCGAGAAGGCACAUCGUGAAAAGCUGAAUUCUACCAGAACCAAAAGGUUUACUGUAAUGUAAGCAAUCUUAAAGUCAAAAGUUAUAUGUAUGGUAGGAUUAUAUGUUGUGUUAUAUAACCUUAAUGCUUAUUUGAUACUUGGUUUAGAGAUCAGUCAGGCAACGAAUCAGUGCACGAACCCACGAAGGACAUGCCUAGCCAAAUUAGUACUGAUGCUGCCAAUGACGGAGUGUACAACUUUGAAGAGGAGGAGAGGAAGAAGGAGAAGAAGCACCGGAAGAAGAGGAACGACCUGAUCGGAUCUCCAUCUGACGUCGCUCUUCUCAGGUACGUUCAGAAGACGGCCAGCGUAGAAGGCGUCCGACAACGUUUCCAUGUGAGUUAACAUUUCAAUGAAUCAUCUUCCUACUGUAUUGCAUAUCGCAUUGAAUCACGCUUUUAAACUGUAAUUUAGACGAUUCUGGAGAUCCCAUUCAAUUCGGUGCGCCGCUGGCAACUUGUAGUCAGUCGAUGUUUGGCUAAACCUCAGUCUCCAGAUGCUCACGGUCUUCAAGAUGCUGAUGAAGAGCAUUGGAUCUACGUGACGAUGAUGAAAGGCGCUCCUGAAGUCAUCUUGGCUCGAUGUACAUAUGCUCUGAUUGAUGAAGAACUGGUGGAGAUCAACAAUGAAUUCCGCCAACGAUGUCAAGAAUCUUGGGAAUACUUCGGCAAUGAAGGACGAAGAGUGAUCGCCUUCGCUCACAAGCACUUCAGAGAGAAGUCGCAUCAGAAGUUCGACAAGACGGAGAGCACGGACGGUCUGGUGUUCUUGGGAAUGUGCGCCAUGAUGGACCCGCCUAGGUAAUUUAAAGUUUUACAGUAUACCUUUUUUACUAUUUGUUUCUUUUUUUAUUUUUAAUGGUUACUGUAACUUUUUAGGCCUGAAACCAGCGCAGCCAUCCAGCAGUGCAAAGAAGCCGGAAUCAAAGUGUUCAUGAUCACUGGAGAUCACCCGACUACAGCAACUGCUGUCGCUUCCCAAAUUGGUCUUGUUGGUCGCCAUACAGAGAAGGUAACUUAUCCUAAUAUGAUUACGGUUUUGAGUUAUACACACAAACAACGUGUUUAAGGUUGAAGCACACGGUCGACAGCAAGUGAAGUUAAGCGUAGAAGCCAGUAGCAACGUGGACUGGACUGUUGUGCAAGGAGAAGAUCUGACCGACAUGACAAAACAACAAUGGGAUCAUCUCCUGUCCUACAAGUACAUUAUAUUUGCACGGUAAGGGCUUUUCAGACAGAUUUCUAUAUUGUUCAUGCCAUAAUUAACAAUACGAAGGUUGGAAAAGAACGUGAAUUACAGAACGACGCCGGAACAGAAGCUUCUCAUCGUGAAGGAAUGUCAGGAGCGAGGCGAGACUGUGGCUGUGACAGGCGGGGGUGUGAAUGAUGCUCCAGCACUAGCCAAGGCUAAUGUAGGUAUAGCUAUGGGAGUGAACGGAAGUGAUAUUGCUCAGAAAGUGGCGGACCUUAUACUGACAGACGACAACUUCGCCAGUAUUGUUAAGGGAAUAGAAGAAGGUCGGUUGCUGUUUGACAACCUCAGACUGUCUAUUGCGUAUACGGUAAGUUUGGGUAACAAUACAAAAGUUUUCUUUUAGUUGGCUCACUUAUGGCCGGAGAUCUUCCCUAUAAUCAUCAACUUUGUACUCGGAAUGCCCUUAGGGCUGGAGCCACUUCAGGUAACUGGCCAUUACUUUUUAAUCAAUUAUCAGAUUUUAAGUAUCGACUUGGCCAGCGAACUGCCCCCGGCAGUCUCCUUGGCCUACGAGUCUCCGGAGCGAGACAUCAUGAAGAUACCACCACGAUCUCGGACUACAGCAUUAGUCACGAACAACCUCCUCCUCUACUCUUACGGGUUCUCUGGAUGUAUCAUAACUGCUGGGUGCUUCUUCGCCUAUCUUAGUAUCUACUGGUAAGUCGUUACAGUAACAUUAAAAGCUUCUAAAAGACCUUAUACACUAAAAACAUAACUAUAGGCAUCACAACAUCAGCUUCUUCGACCUUCUCUAUACCUCCGAGCAUCAUUGGCGGGUAGAAGCCGAGAACUUUACGACUUCUGAUGGCCUUGUGUUCACGGAACAAGAACAAAUGUACAUCAGAGGUCAGGCAGCUGCCGCCUGGCAGGUAACCCUGGUCAUGUCCCAAGUGUUCCACUUGUACAUGUGUACCACUAGAAGAGUGUCCUUCUUCCAGCACGGUAUCACGAAUCUGGUUAGUGUCUUCGCCGUGAUUAUCGAGAUUCUGCUCUUGAACGUGUUCGUCUAUACUCCAGCUAUGCAGUACAUAAUGGACAUACACGUACCUCCUAGCCAUGUGUGGGUGUUUGCUCCAAUUGUGGGUAUCUACCUGAUAGCAUUCAACGAGGGACGAAAGUUUCUGAUAAGGAAUUGGCCCAAGAACAAGAUAGUCAGGAUAUUCCAAUGGUAA